GCUUCUUCGCCUUUCCUCCCCUGCUUCUUCCCCUUUCUGCUCUGCUCUGCUCUCCUCGGACGGCGCGCCUCGCCAGUCGUCAUGGCUUCCGACGGAAGGAUCAGGACCAGGAGGAUCGUCGACUACCUCAACGACGGCGAGGAGCUCGGGGUCGAUGGGACGGUGGGGACGCCGCCGCGCUCCCCGGCGGCUGCGAGGUCGGUGCUACCCAGGUUCAGGUGGGCGCGGCUGGUCAGGCUCGGGAGGAAGGACGGCGGUGGGAAUGGGAAGGAGGAGGAGUUGGUCGUUGCGGAGAAGGGCGAGCUCCCGCCCGUGGUCGUGUCUACCUCAGAACGCGAAUCCGCAACUACAAGCGACCCAAAGCAUUCCGACCUGGGCGUCGGGUUAAGCCUGGUGUUCCUCCUGGCCAAGACGUCCGACGAGUUCAACAAGAUGGUCAAGGUGCGCACGGAGAUGGAGGAACUCUUGAAAGAGAUAAAAGACGAGGUUAGGAGCAAGAGCAGCAUCGACGGCCAUGAUGUUUCGAAAGCUCUCAACCGCGAGUCCAUCACAUCGAGUUGCGUCACCGAUGGAAACGACCACAGAGCGAGUGGUCACCUGGAGGAUCAGGCCGCCUCGUCCAGCAUGGAGGCGGCGAGCUGCGAGAAGUCGUACGAGGAUGAUGGUUGCUGUGCGAGGAUGGACGUGCUUGAGGAGGAAUUCCAUGCCGAGCUAGAGCAGCUUCAGGUUAACUACGGUUCAGAUACUCCAUUUCUGCCGGAAGAAGAACAUGAUACAGAGCCAUCGGAUGACACUGCCGACUACCGGCAUGGAGUUAACGACGAUGACUUGGGGGAUGUUGCUGACGACGAAGAAGACAACGAUGAUGAUGAAACCGAGUACAAUGGAGUUUCUGCAGUUGAGCUGGAGAGAAGGCUUCACGAACUUCUCCAUGAAAGGAAUCGGGACAGGAUUGAGGAGUUGGAAGCGGCGCUGCAGCGCACGGAGAAGAAGCUCGUCGAGAAAGAAAUGGAGGUGCGCUUAUGGAAGGACACGGCAAAAUUCGCGUUGAGACAGGACAAGAACAAUGAGUUGCACUGAGGGGGUUGCGGAGAUGGUGUGCUUUUCGUGCACAAUUCAUCGAUUCUACGUGAUCACACGCGAAGGAGAAUCUUAUGAAAAUUGUGUGAAUGGGCCAACACAAUUCCAUGGCCAACCGCAGGAUAGAUCUUUGUGGAGUAUUUUACCGGAGAUAUGGUGAAUUGUUCAUACCACAGUUUAGUCUCUUAGAUUACCAGAGGACGUUUUGGUUUUGGGUAAAACCAGUCCAUUACUGUCUCAUUUAGUCUGACUGGUGUAGAAUCCUUGUGAGAUUUGUAAAAUCAGUCCAUCUCUGCAUGCGCAUGCUUUGGAUCAAUGUGAAUUCAGCGAUCAUAUGGUUCUUUA